CUUGAGUAUCUCCAAAUAGUAGCCGGGAACCCUGAAUAGCACUAAAGAUGCGAUAUCCCCUCAUCCUCCUUGCACUUUUCUCCCUCUGCCUUUUCUCAAGAACCCACGCAUACUACAUCGCAUCUGGGUUCCCCAAGCCCGCGGUCCCACAAUAUACAACUUUCUACAAGAAGAAUGCCCAGGGACUGCUCAAUAUCUCUACCGGCGUCUGCAACGCAAGUCUGCACGACUACCACGCUGCCUUCACUGCACCGGCUGACUCUACCCUCGCCCACCAACUGCUCGCCAUUUGCUACACGCACGAGAAAUGCAUUCUCGACAACCUCACCGCCGACAUCAUGGCCAACCUCAACUCCGCCAUAGUCAUCCUCGGCCUCAUGCCCACGCUCCUCUCCACCAUCGGCCCCAGCGUCGCCGACAUCUCCCUCCUCUCUGCCCACCGGCCGCUGCUCGCGUUUCUAAUCAGCCUCGGCGCGCCCGCUGUCUGGCCAACGCGCUUGUUCGAGCACAGCGACCCGGUGCGCGUGCUCGGGAGUUCUGCUGGUAGUAGCACGCGGGGCAUUCUGCUGGUGGUGCACGUGAGCGCGCGAUGGGCGUGGAUGGCGCGUCCGCUGAGUGCCGUGCAGUACCUGCUGGCGGCUGGCGCGGCGGCGAAUGUUGUGACCACGUCGGUCGAGCUGGGCCGCAACAGUAUCCUGUCGUGGGGCUGCACGACGACGUUUGGGCCGCUGCUGUGGACCACGCUCGCGAGCGUGGUGCACGUAGUGGCGGCCGUGAGUUUCGCGCUUGCGCAGCGCAGUGCGGCGAGGCAGCGGUCUGAUGGGGUUGGGCGGGGGCUAGUCCAGCAGAGGAGUGAUAAUUCAAACGCAGCUAGGGGAGGGCCGAAGUUGUUUGCAAGGUGGUUAUGGGGGACUGUGCAGAGAGAGGUGACGCUGUGUGCGGAGCAGGAGGUGGAAGAGUAUGAUGUAGAUGCGAAGGUCCCGUUCUUCGCCGUGUUGGGUAAUGUGAUAGCAGGAUGUCUUGGGUUCGUGCACAUUAUUUUCGGCAUUAUUAUUUUCUCUUCGCUCCAGCUGGUAUCUGUGUGGGAUGUGAUGAAUUUUAUUUUGUGGCGCUAUGUUAUUUCGACUGUUGUAUGUAGAUUGAUCUUAGUUGUUGAGAUCGGUGGACUGAGAAGGAGCAACGGGACGGAGAAGUCGAGUUAAUGGACAUAGUUGACAUAUGUUCGAAGUCAUGUCGCUCACCUCAUUGUCACUACUUACAUAUAAUGGCUGACAACAUGGCUUGAUCCCGGCGCCAAGUCACUGGAUGGC